CGCUCUCUGUCUCUGUCCUUGAUUCUGUCCUUUCUCUCAUGCCUCUCUUUUUCACUCUUGAUACCUGUCUCUUUCUCCUCCCCGCUGUCGGUUUCCUCCCUCUCCCAUCUUACAUACCUCCCCGUUCACUCUCUCCAUCCUUUUCUCCCCUUCAUCGUGUCCCACACUUCUCACUCCAUCCUCAUCCUUAUUCCCCCUCCUCUUUCUCUCUCUCUUCCACUCUGUACCACCUCCUCCCUCCUUGAUUCCGUUCACUCUUUGCAUUCUCCGAGUCUCUCCUGUUUCUUGUUGCUCUCCUCGUUCUUUCCUUUCAUACUUUAUCUGCUCUGUUUUGUAUAGUUCCGUCCUCUGUUGUCUGUCUCUCUCUCUGUCUCUUUUCCCUAUCCUUGUGUUUAGAUGUGUCUCCUUUGCGCUCUUCUUCUAACAGCUGGCUUUGCGAGCUCUGCUCUAUAUUACGUUCCGCUGGCUUCUUCCUGUGCGGCUUGUGGCUCAGGGCAGGUGAGGGAUGAACAUUACCUGGCUAGUGCAGACCUUCCUGAAGAUUCAGUUCAUUUCCUCUUCCAUUGCCUUACACCUCUUUUAUUAACUCUCUCCCUUAUGCCUUCACUUUUCACCCCCCAACAUCUAUCCUGCACUCCACCUGUGUCUCUCACUUCGGCUCUCUUUUUUUCCAUGGGACAUUGCGGCAGCAGGUGGCUCUGAAGAUGGAAGCAGUUGUCCAUCCUUUGAGCUGAACCUGAUGAAGACAAAUUACUGAGCUAACUGAUGUAUUUCCAGUUCUGUGCUCCCAAGAAGCCCCGGGAGCCAUAUGCCACGUUUGUGCGGUGCCCACUGCAUUAUGCCAUGCUCCAGAGCCAGUGCAUGGCAUGUUGCCACAUUCCUGCAAAAUCAACAUCCUUGUAACACUUUCCAGUUAUGUUUGUAUAAUUAGGCUGUGCUACUGAGGCACCUACAUUAUUAGGCCUGGCUCCAAAGUAGCUUCGAGCACCAUACCACCUGCAGAGUAGUUGACAUUGUGCCAUAGUCCUUUAGUGCUCCUCUAUGUGUAGAAAGCAGAUGCAGUGCUUUGGUGGAGAACUCAGUCCUUGUGCUGAAAUGUUUUCAUGCUUCUAACUUUUGUAUGAUUACCGGUGUUUUCAUUUGCAGAGGACAAACCUGUACGACCAGAGGUUCCCAAUAAUGUGUAGUGGAUUGUGAUGACAGAGCAGGCCUAAUGCACACCUAUAAUCCUCAUUUGCAUUGGAUUUUCCAGGUUCUUGCCGCUUUGAUUUAGACCUGCUUUGGUUUAGAUGAUGCCAUGAAGAUUAAACACCUUUUGGCCUCAUUCCAUUUCAGAUUCGUGUUGCGUAGUCAUUUUGGCAUAGCAAAGGUUCAAUCUUUGACAUGUUCCUGGCUUAUUCCGUGGGUUGUCUUUUUCUUGGCGCACUAGGGUGUGGUGCUGUAGUAAUGGAAACGCUGCUACCUCAAGCUGGAGGACAUGUGGUGAAUGUGCCUCUAGUGUUUGGAGGUUCGUUUUCUCAGAUGGAACUGAUGGGACCUCUUCUUCCAGAAGGAUCUUUAAAUCUUCCUCUCGACAUUCAUACUGUUUCGGUGUUUGUCAACGACAGUGGCCCAGGACCGCUUCUGCGCCAGCUGUGCCUGGCACUAAAAGGGGCCCAUGCGAUGGUGUUUCAGGAUAACGUCGGAACAGAGGCUGUGGCCCAGAUUCUGGACUUUGUAUCUUCACAGACUCUUGUACCUAUUAUCAGCAUAAGUGGAGGAUCAGCUGUCGUUUUAAAACCAAAGGAGCCCAGCUCUUCCUUCCUGCAGAUGGCAGCCUCGGUGGAGCAGCAGCUUACGGUCAUUUUCAAGGUGCUUGAAGAAUAUGACCUGGGUCCAUUCUCUGUGGUAACCAGUCAUUACCCCGGACACCAAAUUUUCCUGAAAACAGUGAGAACUCUGUGUGAGGCUAUUCAGCCAGGUUGGGGCCCCCAGGAUGAGCUAAUAUUAGAACCAGGCACUGGUCCACGUGGAAUCCAACAUGUUCUUAAACAAGUAUCUGCUCCAGUGUUUCUACUGUUCUGCUCUAGAGAGGAAGCUGAGGAGUUAUUUUUUGUGGCUGGUGAAGCUGGGCUCCUUGGACCUGCCCAUAUAUGGAUUGUACCAAGCUUCACAAUUGGUUCUCCAGAGCAGCCUGCUAAUUUCUUCCCUGUUGGAUUAGUUAGCGUUAUGACUGAUGGCUGGAGGCGGAGCUUACAGCAAAAGGUACAGGAUGGCAUAGCAGUAAUUUCCGCAGCAGCUAAGAACUAUAUUCAGAAACAUGGUGAAUUGCCCACUCCUGGAGGAACCUGCUUUGCCCCAAUGCAAAUCCAAGGAAAUGACACCUUGUAUAGGCAUAUGCUCAAUAUAGUUUGGCAGGAGAGAGACCUGUCCUUCACUACUCAAGGAUUUCUACGAGAUCCUUCCAUGUUAGUUAUUACAUUGACUCCUCAACGAGUGUGGGAGGAGGUUGGCAGGUGGGAUCAUGGUAUAAUUCGAAUGAAGUACCCUGUAUGGCCACGUUAUGGUACUGGCCAACAGCCUGUGACUGAUACUCGUCAUCUAACUGUAGCCACCUUAGAAGAGAGGCCGUUUGUUAUUGUUGAGAGCACAGACCCAGUAACAGGAGACUGUGUGCGGAACACUGUGCCUUGUCGCAAGCAGAGCAACCUGACUUUGAGCAGUUCGGGAGAACCCUAUUCCAAGCUGUGCUGUAAAGGAUUCUGUAUUGACAUCUUGAAGAAGUUGGCUAGAACUGUUAAGUUCUCAUAUGAUCUUUAUCUGGUGACCAAUGGCAAGCAUGGGAAGCUUGUACGGGGGGUGUGGAAUGGCAUGAUUGGAGAGGUAUAUUACCAGCGUGCUCAUAUAGCUAUCGGAUCACUCACUAUAAAUGAGGAGCGUUCAGAGAUUGUGGAUUUUUCAGUUCCCUUUGUAGAAACCGGAAUCAGUGUCCUGGUAUCACGAAGCAAUGGAACUGUGUCUCCCUCAGCCUUCUUGGAGCCAUACAGUCCUGCCGUCUGGAUGAUGAUGUUUGUCAUGUGUCUGUCUGUUGUUGCUGUGACUGUCUUCAUCUUCGAGUAUUUCAGCCCCAUGGGAUACGACCAAAACAUCAACAAUGGAAAACGUUUAGGAGGCCCAAGCUUUACAGUGGGCAAAUCUUUGUGGCUCCUCUGGGCACUGGUGUUUAAUAACUCCGUUCCCAUACAGAAUCCUCGUGGUACUACAAGCAAGAUUAUGGUGCUAGUCUGGGCCUUCUUCGCUGUCAUCUUCUUGGCCAGUUACACAGCCAACCUUGCUGCAUUCAUGAUUCAAGAGCAAUACAUAGACACAGUGUCUGGCCUAAGUGACCGAAAGUUCCAGAAACCUCAAGAGCAUUAUCCGCCAUUCCGAUUUGGAACGGUCCCAAAUGGGAGCACAGAGCGUAAUAUCCGUGCCAACUAUCCCGACAUGCAUAGUUAUAUGGUGCGCUACAAUCAGCGAUCAGUGGAGGAUGCUCUUGCUAGCUUAAAGGCUGGAAAGUUGGAUGCCUUUAUCUACGAUGCCGCAGUGCUGAAUUACAUGGCAGGAAAGGACGAAGGCUGUAAACUGGUAACCAUUGGAAGUGGCAAAGUCUUUGCUACAACAGGCUAUGGUAUUGCUCUGCAGAAGAACUCACGUUGGAAGCGUCCCAUUGAUCUUGCACUGCUGCAGUUUCUAGGAGAUGGUGAAACUCAGAGACUGGAGACAGUGUGGUUAUCUGGGAUAUGUCAGAAUGAGAAGAAUGAAGCUGUAAGCAGUAAACUGGACAUUGAUAACAUGGCUGGAGUCUUCUACAUGCUGUUGGUUGCUAUGGGUUUAAGCCUGUUGGUCUUCUCAUGGGAACACCUUGUGUACUGGAGGAUGAGACACUGUGUACCCAGACCUUGUGUGGAGCAGAGCCUGCUUGGAAUCAGUCGGGGUAUAUAUAGUUGUUUUCGAGGUGUUCAGAGUCCAUCUCAUGGCCCCGCUUGUCCUGAGCCUGAUGUAACAGGAACUCCGGUACCCGUCAAUGUUUUAAGGGUUCUGCAGACAGCCAAGGAUCUUGUUUCCUCCUCUGCUGUUGGUGGGUCCCUGGAGACUGCAUCACAUGCACUACGUACUUGGAGACAAAGAAGUGAAAGUUUGCAAGCUGUCUUCUCUGUGCAAGGUACACAACAACAAUUACAGGCCAAUUCAUCCCCUCAUUAUGCUGUCACUUCAAAACCGAUAGUAACUGUAGCCCCAUCUAAGAAUAUAUCACUUGUUUCUCCUACUCUCCGAUCAACCCAAGUCACAUGCUCUCCAAGAGAAGAAACAGAUCUCAAGCCCACAAUUAUAAAUACUUGUCUUAGUCCAGAUACUAUGCCACCAAUGGCUAUCACUACCCUUAAUGAAAGUGUUCGGAGAACAGAGCCUGGUGCUGCAAGUGGAAACUGUGAAACAUCCCAGCUUUCAGCAUGCAAGAGAUGGGAACUAUUGGAAAGAGUGCCCGCUACAUCCACAACAGCAGUUCCUCACUGUAGUUCUUGGUGUCAUUCCCCUAUCCCCAGCCAACCAAGACGACAUAUCUUGCUAUGUGAUUCAUUUAACAAAAAGGACUGGAGAUUACACCAACAUUGUGGGUGCCCAUCGUACUGUUCCCUCCCUCAUAGCAAUCAAGUCUGCUUUUUAUGCAGCAAUAGUCCUCCUUUUGAACAAAAAGGGAGAAAAUGGCUUAGCCCAGUUCACUGUAAACCCUCCCAACAGGAAGCAUGCUUUGCUGGCCCAAUCUCUACAUGUGCCAAGCCAGCCACGCUAAGCCACAGAGACCAUCAUAAUGCUUACAGCAUAGCAUCUGUAGGGAGGACUGUUUGUCACAGCAAGACAAGAAGUAGAAGGAAGCCUACCCCUUUUCCUUUAGGGACAUUUCCAACUGAAAGAUCAAGAACACACCACCCAACUGAAACAUGGAAGAGAAUUAGCAGGGAAUCAGAAGUGUAAAACUGGAAUAAAAUGGGUGUUCUUAUCAAAAAUGGCAAUAACGACUAUACCAGUUUUAAUGGAUGCAAUAAUGGAUGCUGCUGAAGCUCAGGUACAGGUGGUACAGACACUGUAUAUCUGUUCAAAAAAAAUUAAGCAACAUUAUCAAUGGUACUGAUAAAAUUUCAACAUUGAUACCCUGUCACUUAACAUCAAAUUUGCCUAUUAAAGAUGUAUUAAUGUUAUUUACAAAGUGGUAUAUUCUAUCCAACAUGUUUUCAGAUAUUAAACUAUAUGUAUUCCCCUGCAUUCGUCCUGAGGGCCCAGUGUGUUUUUAAAAUAUGCAGUGUUUUUUUUUUCUUAUUAGGUUGCCCCCUGGUCCUGCUUGUCCACAAAAAAAUCUAUUUUACUGAGAUGAUUUUGUGUUUCAUCUGAUAGUUUAGCAGCAAUAACUCAAUGCAAUGAUCUGAGAACUGCACAGAUCUAUAGGAGAAACACAAUAUUCUGGUUUUAUCCAGUAAUGUUUACAAAAUGCCUGCCCUAAAUAAAAUGCCUUCAUGUCA